UGUGCUGAAAAUUCAGAUUUUAUAUUGUCAUACACGUCCAAUUCUACUCAGUCGCGUAAUUUUGUUCACGAUGACUCUACCCUCGAUUUUUACAUUCGAUUGAAACUGAAUCAUAGCAAUGUCAGUGAGUUCCCCUUAUGUGUUGAGUUAUGGUCUAGUCAUGAUUCCCCAUGUGAUUCCGAAUCCGAUUUCAACGAUACCUCUGAGGGGGACACAUCUCCCCACGGCCAUGCGAGCGCCCAGGGUGGUGUUGUCCGUGAUAUGCACCAAAGCAGCCCAAGUUGUAAUCACUACGAUCACCGUGUCUUACCUUCUGGGCCAUUUCCGUUGUUUGAGACAUACAGUCAAGGAGGCCUUGGAUUAUCGUCCUGUUCAGUGUGUAAUAUCCGAUCGGCAUGAGGGUAUAAUAAGCGCAGUGAACACCGUAUUCCCCGGUGUAAGCCAUGGCCAUUGCAUUUAUCAUAUUUUCGGGAACAUAAAACACAAUUUCCGUGGCUCUCAAAAAUCCUUGUCUUGGAAGUUUUAUGGUGCUGCACGUGCUGCAUCCAAAGCCGAAUGCUACCAGUAUUUGCAAUACUUGGAGCAAGAUGAUCCACGCAUUAUUCCAUACUUGGAUGAUAUUGGCUUUGAGAAAUGGGCUAGGUCAUUUUCCACCAACCGUUACUCCAUAAUGACCUCAAAUCUUGCGGAGUCCAUGAACAGCGUUGAUGCUGUUCCACGAGAAUAUCCUAUUGCCAGGGUAGUUGAUUUUUUGCUAGUCCGGCCAGCAUCCAACUUUGAGUUUCUUGUCAUUGAAACCGAUGGGAGAUCUUUUGUUGUCAAUUUCCAAGAUCGGACAUGCACCUGUGGCGAGUUCCAACUUGACAAUUUCGUUUGUGUUCACGCUGUCGCUGUGACACGUCAGAGACCCGGGUUAUCAUGCUAUGAUUAUGUUUCCCCAUACUAUACGGCGAGUGCAUGGAGUAGUGCAUACAAUGGUGUUGUUCACCCAAUCCCGUCUAAAGAUUUGUGGGUUUUGCCCGAUGAUGUGCAUGCCAUCAUUUGCAAGCCCCCCACAUGUUCUAAACGGCCUCCUGGACGCCCCAAGAAACGUCGAAUACCAUCGAGAGGCUAUCUUGUUCCUGAAGUCUUCACUGCCUUUGAUUCUGGCAUUAAAGGGUAUGGUCUCAAUGUCUAGCAAAGCGGGGUUCAUGGACAGUCAGUCUAGCAUAAAGCAUAUCAAAUCCAACACAUUUAAUCAUCUGUCAGUCAUUGUAAUAGAUAGAGCAAGGUUGAAUACAUAAAAUUUCAUGCCAAAUUGCCAGUCAGUCAUUGUAGUUAUAACCCAAAUCCUAAUGCAAUAUAACCCACAAAUAAACUUAGAUGCGCAGG